AUGCGCGCCACAAUUUGUCUAUCAGCGCUCGUCGUCACUGCCAGUGUGUCAUCUUUUGGCGCAUUGGCCCUUCCCAUGAAUGAAGACUCUACCCACAAGGGGCCCUCUGCUGUCCGUUCUUCCGGCUCGUCUGAUGUAACGCCCUCCGUGUGGACGACACAUGCUUCUAUUCCUCUCCUGCCCCAUCCGACUACCCUUCACAUCGAGGGUUACGAAGAAGCUAAAAAGUGGAGCGAGAAGUUUAAGGAACACUCAGAUGAUGUUGACGAUUUCCGCAACCAGACAGAGUCCAAGCGCACGGAAGAACGCUCCCAUCCUUUGUCAGAGUAUCAGAGCCUCGAUCCAAGCUUCGUACAUCCGUCGCCGAAAAUGAAGGGAAGAUUGACAAGCUUGAGUGGCAAGCGGAAGGAAGUUCCUUGCGACCCACACACUCUUCUGCUUCUGCACGAACGAAAAAUGGACCGCACGCUCACGGACAUUAGGCACCUCUGCGGCGACGACUGCAUCGACGGUAGUGAGCGCCAAAGCAUCUUCUGCGUCCAGUAUGUUGCCGACAAACAACCCUUCCCAAUAGGUCCUCAAGACUCAAUCCCCUGCAUCCCUUGA